AUGGACUUCAAAGAUGCCUUGGUCGCUUUCAGACAAAGCAUCUGUCUACCGCCCUCUGGAAUAACAGGAACCAUCCUCCCCUGGAUAUGUUGGUCUCUCUGGACAGCGAGAAACACAUUGAUCUUUGAGAACCGACAAAUAACACAAGAAGAAGUAGCUACAAAAGGAAUGCGACUAGCAAGAGAAUGGUGCUUAGCCCAAAAACCGAAAGGACAAGGCGAAAAUCUCUCACCUGGAAACAGGAAGCAGAAGGCAAGACCAAUUGCAGAUACCCAGACUCCGAUCUGUAGAUCAGACGCGGCAUGGGACAAAGCUUCGAACAAGGCGGGACUAGCUUGGAUCAUCUCAGGAGCGGACAACAACAUCAAGAAGCAAGGAUCAACACACCAGGAACACGUUUCAUCACCACUAGUCGCAGAAGCUCUAGCACUCCGACUUGGAAUCAUCGCAGCAGCGAAUCUUGAUCUCCCCAAGAUCAGGAUGCUCUCUGACAAUCAAACGCUCAUCAGAGCAAUCAACAACGACAUACAGAUCAAAGAGAUUUUCGGAAUCGUCAAAGAUAUCCACCAAAUCUCUACUGUUUUUGUCGAUAUCUCCUUUGCUUUUCUCCCCCGAUUAGAAAACGCAAUGCUGAUUAUUUUGCUAACGAUCCUAAGGGCCAUG